GUUAUCCAGCUGAAAGGGUUAAAGGGUCAUGCUCAAUAGAACAACCACCGUGUGUGAAAGUCAUUCAUAGCCCGAAAAACACAUCCGGGGGUUAGGAAACACUGACCAGUAGCCCAUAGUACAUGCUCAAUUAUUGUUUUUAUAUCUACAAGUUAAACAAACGAUGACAGAUCCUUACUUUAAGAAUGUGUUUCACUGAAAGGCUGAUAAAACAUUCACACAUGGAAACAGUUUGCAGUUGAAGGUUGAAAUGUUGUAGUUUUUACAAAUGUGAAUGGACUUACCUGGCCAGGCAUGGAUGGAGGUGGCGGCCAGAAAUACGGGUUGUUAAAUCGAGGCUCCGCCAUCCUGAAAUUAAUCAAAUGUAUUUUAGUCAUAGGGGUGGGGUGGGUAACACACAGCUGUAAUUGUUAUGUAAGCUAUGGGUUUUGUGAACUUUUAGAACUUAAAUAAAUCAAAUAAUUUGGUAAAAAAUACAUUGAAUAAAGACUUUAUAAGUGAAAACAUAAGACAAUUUUACAUAUUUUAUAAAACAAAUUAUAGUUUGAAAAUAAAUCUACAAAUAAAUGUCUUAAUUCAAUGUUCACUAAUUAGAUGUUUCUUUAUUUUACUGACAUGACAUCUCAUAGUCUCCCUCAACAGUUAAGAAGAUCAAACUUUAUUCCCAGAGGAGGACCUUGAGACUUUGAAAAGUGCUCAAUGUAAUAAAUCCACCUUAAGUGUACACUUCUUUGACAAACAUGUCAUUUCAUAGAUUAUAACAGAUGUUAAGGAACUGUUUUGACAUUAAAGAUAGUGCAUUUAUUAAAAAGAAAAUCCUAAUAUAGCCAUGUUCAUUUAUAAACUUAUUAUAACAGUGUGGGAAGUUACUAUGAUACAUUUGUGUAAAUAACUCGGUGUGUAAAUUAGGCCUACAGUGCGAGACUUUCACCUUUAAGUUUACACAGGUCAAACAUCAAAAUGCCACCUAGAAAUAUGAAGUCACUUAAAGAGACAGCGGUGUGUGUGAAACAUCCUAGCCGAUUAGCUUGGACAUUUUGCCCUUCUAUUCCUUUUGUCAGAGAGGGGAAUCCUAAAAAUAAGUGAACGUCGCUUUAAAUGUGCAGAUAAACGCAAUGUUUUAAAGAAACAACUUAGCAUUCUUUGACUUUUGGGACAUGGCUGCAGCCUGAAAGCAUCUCGGCCCUCGGACAGAACUAGGGUUUUUUGCCGUUCGACCCUCCCGGUGCGAUUUAGACAUUCUCAGACAGUUUUCUUUAAACAUUUCCAGACAAAAGAGAAACAAAAAUGGCAGCCUUAUUUUUAUAAGGCGGGACGCCAUAUUCUGCAGACCCCAAAAAUUUAGGAUCGUGAACAUCUGAUCGCGAGGAGUUUGUUGGGGGGAAUAAGCGAGGCGAGGCGGACACAAAGGUGUGUUUAUCAUGUCAAAGGCAUGAAUGAUUGUUUACGGCGAAUUGCAGGUUUGAAUAGCCCGGCCUCCCCACCUCCUAAAAAAAACCUGACACUUCCUACAACAACCAUGCCCUGCAAAAACAGCACGGAAACGGGCAAGAUGCAGCUCGACCCAAACAGCACAUCGAUUAAAAACAACCGUAGCACCGCGUUAAGGUCAAAAUGUAACCGGCGCACAAUGCCCUUCCUCCCGAAAGACGCUGUGCCAUCCUAACCAAAUUUCACUUUUAGGGCUGCUUUUUUCACAUUCUGCAACUUUUGGACGAAUCAAAGGACAGCAAUUGCGAUGUGUGCAAAAUGCACGCAUUUAGGAGGCUAUCGGUUAUGAGAUAAAUGCACAGCAGCGAAUACACGAAAAACACAUGCACAAUUACCUUGUGUCCAGAUUGCAGAUAUUGUCUUGCGAGUACAGCUAUAAUAUAAAAGCUUCUUUCUGCCUGCCUCCAGUCGGACCACCGCUUCCGGGUCGCUUUGUUCACUUCUGGGUGCUGCUGCUGCGAGCUCCGUACAGUACACACACAGAAGGGAAUAUUGUGCUAAUGUUGCUGUGGAUUUUAACACGGUGACCUACUUUGUUCACGUUUAACGGACAGCGUGCAUGCAUGAUUUUAAUAACGUUAUUUCAGCGCGUGUUUGGGUCGGAUUUAGCAGAUCACAUCCGCAGGGCUGGAAGUAGCACAGCCUAAAAUAGCAACGCUACAAUGUACAUACUCCAUUCCAAAGAAAAGUACUGUAUCCAAAACGUCACUGAAGUCAAGCUACGUUACCGACUAUUGAUUGUAGCAAGAUAAAAAAGACACAUUUAUAAAAUAACGGCCCAUUUCAGAGCGUUACAUGCAUCACAUCAAAAAUGCAUCACAUAUACUGUAAACCCAUCUUCAUCAUUAUGUGUAUGUGACAUUUUACUAUAUUAUUAUAGACCUGCUAUAAAUAAAACUCCCAGUCAGAUAAAUACAGGGAAGACACGAAUGUAAUGUUUCUCAAAUGUAUGUAAGUGAAAAAAAGUAGAAGUAUUUAAAACUGAAAUGCACCUGUAUCCCAAUCUGAGUCAAAGCCAUGACUCCAUAGAAAAAGUUGAUUUGAUAUUUCACUUGAUAUUACCAGACGUAUCAUUAAUAAAAUGUUACAACAAUGAAUUACAUACAAAACAAAUAAACAAUACUUUAAAUACAAACUAUUGACCAAAACAGGAUUGAAACAGAGUUGUUUUAAUGUGUUUAGUACAAUUUAGUCAUAUAACAGUGUUAUAAUUAGGUGUAAUGUAGCUUGGACAUUUGUUACGUCUAAACCUCCAUAUAACAAAAGUCACGCUUCUAUGAGGAUGGUUUCAUAUGAUUCAUUUGUAUGUUAAUACAUCUCAAUCCAAGUGUACUACUACAUUUUUUCCCCAGAUGUUGACAUAGUUCCAGUGCAAUUUCAGUGUUCCAUGACAUGAAUAGGAUUUUCUUUUGAAGAUAUUAUUUAAGGUUGAAUUAAACUAGAUUUUUGUCAACUAUUUUAGGCAUCAGUUAAAAAAGAGGCUGCAAUAAUAUAUUUGUGCAAGUUUCCAUAGUCAUUCAUUUAGCCUGCUGUUACACGUUAUUGCUUGCAUACAUUAUAUUUUACAAGCUUUAAGACACAUAUAUAUAUAAUAAGACAAAGACUAUGAUUUUAUUUCUGUUAACUUGCACCCAUACACAGCUGUUUUUGAAGCAUAGUCCUAAAAAUAUCCACACGUUGUAUUGUGUGUUUAAAGGCUUUACAGUCAAUUGAACUUUCAUGUUUGAUUUGAUAUACUUUAAAUUGAUUCCCUCUGAUCAGGGAUUGAGUUUACAGCACUUUAUUGAUCUGAAAUCUGUCUACAUUUGAUUUAAAGUUGAACUUAAAUGUUCUUUCUUGUUUAUGAACAGAAGGAAAAUCGAGCUUCACUACUGUGCCCAAUAUAUGCUCCGUGCCUACGCUUUAUCUUACACAGAAAUGAUUCUCAUGUUUGUCACUAGUUCCUGAAAUAAUAAGAGGUGCAGUGAAUCAUAGGAAACGAUCAGGAGCCCAUUGACGUUGCCACUGAUAGUUGUGUCAGUCUGAGUGUGUGUGGGGAGUUAACAUGAUCUCAUAUUGUUUCCUGUUUCUCGCAACACUUCUCUGAAAAUACCAGAGAACUGACAUCUCUGACCCACAUGCACACACACACACACACAUCCACACACAUACUGCAUACACAGGCUUCCUUUAGAACUUUAUCUGACUCAACUUACGAGUCAAUCUAAAGAUGGCUUGAAGUGAGAAAGCCUCAUCCUCCAGAAUUUAGCAGUGUCCUCACAUGGUGAUGACAAUUUUUUUUUUUUUAAUGACUGAAACUAACAUUGCUCUAAAGUUGGUUGCUUAACUUCCUGACGUUCUGCUCUACCAACAUGAACUUUGUUUUGGUGUUCCCACUGAUACUCAUCUUCCUAUUCAUCGGACAGAGUUACACUGAGGUUAAAACCCAAAAUUCAGAUUCAUGUUUUAAACUAUGCCCAGCCGGAUAUCAUAAAGUUGGUCCAUGCGAAGGGAAAGCUGAAGGGUACAGAUGUGAAAAGUGUGGUGAUGGCACAUACACAGCAAUAGAAAACUCCGUAGGCGAAUGUAGGCUUUGUGAGAGUUGUGGAUAUCAUCAGUUUGAAGCUAAUCCAUGCACCUUUACUAGUGAUAGGCUGUGCAAGGAUUGCAAUUGUAAACGAUGCAAAGGACCCAACAACAACAGGGAGUGCAAGUCCUGCCAAAGCGAGAAGUGUUUGCAUCUCCCAGAAUGCAAGAGGAUAUGUAAAACAUUUCCUAUAAUUGCAAAUCAAUCUUCAACUACAACUGCAACCACAACAGCAUCUACAACUUCACUUUCAAAUGACGUUCCAAAUCCUGGUGUGAACCGAGUUCCACCGAAUCCCUUGAAGGAAUUUCAGUGGCUUUUGCUCACUGGGGUUUUGGUGCCGUUUCUGGGCUUACUGUGGUUCGUGCUUUUCAUUAAGAAUCCAUUCAAAUGUCUCUGCUGGAGAGUGAAAAAUGACCUGGUGCCCCCUGUCGAAGAUGCCAUAUUGAACGAACAAGGGAGUCAUCAAGAUAGCAGCCCGCACACACUGACAUUACACAUAUCUGAGGAAACUCCCAUGAUGACUCUCAGUCAGAGUGCAGCCACACCAGAACAUCCAGCCCACAUCAGGCCUCUCCUACCAGACGGUGAACACAAAGUUAUCAAACAAAUCGAGCAAACUGAGCACUGGCCGGCCAUCGUCCUCUAUGCCAUCAUCAAGGAGGUGCCCCUGCGUAGGUGGAAAGAGUUCUUGCGUCUGCUCUCGGUGGUGGAUCAGCAGAUUGAGCGGGUGGAGCUGGAGGCUGGUUUGGGUAUGGGCUCCAUGGAGAAGCAGUACCAGAUGCUGAGGCUGUGGAGUCAGCGCUCCUCUGGCUGCCUGAAUGAUGUCUUCUCGGCCCUGCACUACAUGGAUUUAUCUGGCUGUGCCCAGCUACUGCAGGAAAACCUGGACAAGCUGCAGUGGAAACCUUAA